AUGGCUGGAGCCUCCCUCGCUCUCCUCCCUUUCCUUCUCUCCUUCGUCUCCCACUUGGCCUGCAGGGCCACUGCCUCCUCCAGCACCGGCUCUGCGCAACUUUUAUUUAAAAUCCUCAACGCCACACAAGCCUAUGGUGACCCCCUCGAUGGCUGGGACGCCGCCACGCUCGUCAAGUCCGUCGAACCCAGCUGGAAGCCGGGCACCGUCGGGUCCAAGGAGGGGGACUUCAUCCCCAGCCUGCCCGGGCAGCCCCGAGAUUCCGCUACCGUGAAGCAAUAUGGGGGCUAUGUCGACAUCGGCGACGGGGAAAAGCUCUUCUACUAUUUUGUGGAGUCGUUCAGCCGCGACGCCCACAGUCUUCCUGUCCUGCUCUGGAUCAACGGAGGUAAGACCAUGGCGGUCGAUAGUCCGAUAGAUGGCGAUAAGUCAUUAAGCAUAUGGGCUCCUGGUAAGUUAGUUUAUAUGGCACUCUAAUGCAGGCCCCGGGUGCUCGUCUGUGGGAAGCGGUGCCUUCUUACAGCAUGGCCCAUUCUCGGUCAACGAUGACGGGAAGACUCUGCGAGCUAACCCUGAUGCCUGGGCGAGUGGUACGGCUCUCGAUCGUUUUCAUCGUAGACCGGAAGAUCAAUCAAAGGUAGAGAGAGGAAAAAAGUUCAAUUCGUCAAACGUCUUCUGUUUGUUGUCUGAGCAGUGGCCAACAUCAUCUACCUCGACACGCCGGUGAACGUGGGUUUAUCCUACUCCGACGACAAGGACACGGCCCUGUACGACGAUACGAAGACCACGCUGGGUUGCCUCAAAUUCGUCCUCGGCUGGCUGGAACGAUUCCCCGAGUACAGGGCCAACCCACUUUACCUCGCUGGCGAUGGCUACGCAGGCAUCGUUCUUCCCCGUCUUGCCGAGCUCAUCCUGGAGCACAACAACCGCGCUGGAGCGAAAGAUGCCGUCGUCAACAUCAAGAAGUUAAUCGUAUGCUACGGGCUCCCCCCAUCUUUCCCUUCUAUUUAUCGUCUUCAACAUCAACUAUCUGAGAGUGUCAAAUCUCUUGGGCUUUGUCUUCAUAGCUCGGAAACCCGACAAUAGACGCGGAGUCUGAGCUGUGGGGGGUAAUAGACUUCCAAUGGAUCCACGGAUUGGUGUCCAAAAAAACUCGUCAGGAGGUGUGGAGUAAAUGCAAGGCGUCGUCGAUCCGGUCGGAUGUGUGCCGAGCAGAAAUCCGAAAGCUCCCCCUCAACGAUCAGGGCUCGGGGCCAAUUUAUCCGUACGAUUUAAGAGCUGCCGUGUGCAACCCUGAUCCGAGGCCUGGUCUCAAGGUAGUACCCUAUUUUUUUUCAGACCUGUCUUUCAUUCUCAUUUCCCUCUAUCAGAACGGCGAUAUUUAUUUGGAGAAAGUAUUCGUAUGAUUAACAUAUGAGUGAAUUCUACUCAGUCCCUUUCUUUAAUUAGAUGAUCCGAUCAAUUGACAUAGCAUGAGAUUUCGGAACUUUGUGCCUUGCCUGCCCCAUCUCUAUCGUUCGCUCAAGACAAGAAGGUGGCAAACGCAUUGUAGAAUAAUCUUCGUCGGCUAUGAGACAUCAAGCUUCCAAUUAAAUGAUAUAGACUCCACUUUCUGAAUUCGGCAGUCCCCACUUUUUCAGUUCACAAAACUCGUACCACGGUGAUUUCUACGUAACUUUUACUGUUCUCCCUUUCAGGUUGAAAACUAUUACGAGUGUGUAGAGAGCCAUGUUGCGAAGUACCUUAGCCAGAAGGAAGUUCAGCGUGCACUCCACGGUAACUCCUUCAGGAUGUCAGACAAAUGGAUUCAGUGCAACAAGUACGUCUGUCCCUGUUCCCUCUGACUUCUUAUUUAAGAACAAUCGGGGUGGUUCUUCGUUCUCGUUAAUGAAUCUUGAAACGGAUCAGAGACGUGGACUCGAAGUACCAGCUGUCGAAAAGCUCCUUAGCCAUCAUCAGACGUCUUGCCUCUAAUGGGUUUGAAAGCUUCAUAUACAGGCAAGUUUCUCCCCUGAACCCGAAUAUAAACUAAAUAUUAGUUUUCGUCUUCAUGGACAUUGAUCAAGUACAAGUACAUUGCAUACUGUUCUAACGAGGGGCGUCUCCUUCGUUUCCCUUUUCCUCGCCCAGUGGUGAUUCCGACGCCGUGGUUCCGAUGAUGGGGACUAGAUACGCCUUACAGGUCUUUCAACUCGAUUCAGUUUCUGACUGGACUCCCUGGUUUUAUGACCCAGCAACGGUAAUCUAUAUUAACUAUCUCGAUGAUUUCGGUUAACAACACAUUCUAAUUUGGAUACCGAUUGUUGUCAGAGGGCAUAGUACUUUGUGAUUAUUAAUAAUAACAUUAUCCUGAUUCUCUCACUGGGUCAAUCUUAUAUGAACCUGCAGCUAGGGGGUUACACGGAAGUGUACAACAACACUGUCAUCUUUGCCACGAUGCGAGGAGCUGGUCACUCGCCAACUAGCAGAUACCCUGAAAGAGCGCUGAAUCUGUUUAUACGUAUGUCACGGAGUUAA